UCCCAGAUACAAACGCGAAAAAGUUUCUUUUCGGUGUGUGUUGUGCGGCGGACCCCGAAAAGUACAAAAAACAUUGCCAGGAGUCGCCCCGCAGGGAAAUAGGAGCUGCCACACACCCAUAAAAAACAAUCAGAGAACUACAAAAAACGAACCGCUCGUGAAAGUUCCCGGCUAAUUGCGGCAGGUGUUAAUCACGGCAAUUACGAACUACAAAUUGCGCACCGCACUUGGGAAGUCGCCGCUGGAAUGUUGCAGCCAUCACUUCUGGUGGCGUUGCUGCUCCUGCUGGUGCACUGAAAUGCCAGCGGCAAGCCGCCCACCAAGGAGCUGCCCCGUCCGCAUCCGCUGCACGGCCAAGAGGAGGAGGAGGAGCUGCAUCCCGGAACUGGAGCCAUGGCGGCAUUCCAGGGGAUGCGGAAUGGACGCUCGCGGCGUCCCACCCUGAUGGAUGUGGCCUUGCAGCAGAGUGUGCGGCAGGGACUCGAUGCCAUGGCCGAGCUAUAUGGUCGCAUUCAGCCGGAGAUGUUGCGCAAUGGCCAGACCCUGCAGGACAACCAUCCGGCAGCCAUGUUGGCCCGCUUCAAUGCCCCCACCACGGACUCGGAGCGCCGGGAGAUGGCCGCCUAUGCCACCAUCGCAGCAGCCAAGGCCUUUCGCAAAAACUUCCAGCACAUCGAUGAACUGGCCCGCCAGUCGCACACGCAGCGAAUCUCCCUGAGACGUACCGCCCUGGAGGGCCUCUGUCCCCCGCGGGAUCCGCCGCCCUGCAUGCCCGCCUCGGAGCGGUACCGCACCCACGACGGCACCUGCAACAACAAGCGCCGGCCCAGGUGGGGAGCCGCACAGAUGCCCUUCAACCGCUUCCUCCCGCCGGAGUACGGCGAUGGCGUGGACACGGUCAGGAGCUCCGCCGACGGCAGCACCUUAUCCUCGUCCCGCUUCGUCAGCCUCCUGGUGCACGGAGCCAGGGAGGGAGAGGCCCCGCUCACCCUGAUGAUCGCCCAGUGGGGUCAGAUGCUCGACCACGACAUGACCUCCACGGCCCAGCCUCGCUCCAUCAAUGGUUCCAUUCCCAGUUGCUGUGGCGGCAAGGACUUCCAUCCAGCCUGUUUUCCGAUCAAAGUGCCGCUGGACGAUCCUUGGUUGGCGCCACUAAAGGUGCGCUGUCUGGAGUUCCUGCGGUCGGCUCCUGCCCAGAGACGCGACUGCGUGCUCUCCUGGCGGGAGCAGACCAAUCAGGUUACCUCCUACAUCGACGCCUCGCCGAUUUAUUCGAACAGCGCCAAGUCCUCGGACAAUGCGAGAGUCUUCCGGCACGGCCUGCUCGUCUAUGGACGUGGUGAUCCCGCCGAGGAUGUGUGCCAACGGGCCAUGGCCACCAAGUGCAUUCGAUCCGGCGAUGGACGAAGUGGAGAGCAGCCGGGACUGCUGGCCAUGCACCACGUUUGGGUGGGAGAGCACAACCGGAUCGCUCUCGAGCUGAGCGAACUGAAUCCCCAUUGGAGCGAUGAGAAGGUGUACCAGGAGACGCGGCGCAUUGUGGGUGCCAUGUUCCAGCACAUUACCUUCCGGGAGUUCCUGCCCGUCAUCCUGGGCAAGGAGGUGGCCAAGCUUGACCUGGAACUGAUGCCCUCGGGCUACUACGAACGUUAUAGUUCCAAGGUGAAUCCCACGGUGGCCAACGCCUUCGCAGCUGCCGCCUUUCGGUUUGGACACUCGCUGGUCCAGAACACCUACAUGAGAUGCGAUCGUCACCACAAUGUGAUUAAUAAUAAUGUCAGUCUGCAUGAGGAGUUCCAGCGUGGUGAUAUCGGCUCGGCGGGUUCACUACAUAGACUUCUGCGUGGCCUGGCCUCCCAGCGUGCUCUAAAAAGGGAUGAGUUCAUCACCCCCGAGCUGACCAAUCACCUCUUCCAAACUCCUGGUUUUCCAUUUGGCUUAGACCUGGCUGCCAUCAACAUCCAGAGGGGCAGGGACCAUGGAAUUGCUCCCUACAGUGCUUGGCGAGUACCCUGUGGUCUCAGUCCCAUCCUCAGCUGGGAUGACUUUGCCAACGUGGUGGGUCCGGAGUGCAAACGCAUUGGCCACGCCUACCGCAGCGUGCAUGACAUCGAUCUGUUUGUGGGCGGCAUUGCAGAACGUCCUGGUGGGGGUCUGGUGGGACCGACCUUUGCCUGCAUCAUCGCCCAGCAGUUCAGCAAUGCCAGGCGAGGGGAUCGCUUUUGGUACGAGAACGGCGGCUUCGAGUCCUUCACCCCCGCCCAACUGCACUCCCUGCGUCGCGUGUCCCUUGCACAGGUCCUCUGCCGCACCGUGGGUGGUGGCACCCUCCAGCCCCACAUCUUCAUUCCGGCCGAAUUCGAGGACAACGAGCGACAGACCUGCGGAGUUGGCGCCCUAUCCCCCAUUGAUCUGAGUCCCUGGUUGGAGCAGGACCCCUUCCACAAUCAACAGGUUACCGAUCAUGUGUUUACCAUCGGUCAGCCGGAAUUGGGUUCGGUGCAGGUCAUCAAGGAGGACAAAGCAGGCUUCUCGAACCGAGUGAGACCCAUUAAACCACAGGUGGAGAUUAGCGCCUCCUCAGUAAGCGGGUUCCACCGGCCACCCACCAGUGGAAACUCCAGCCAAGUUAGUGACAAACUUGACAUUAGACGUAAGACAGUGACGACCAAGAACACCAACAAUAACAGACAGCGCCCGACUAGGAAGACCCAAAAUGGUGUUAACAACAAACUAGACAAGUCACCAAAAAUAACAAUUAACAUCAAGAGCGUGAAUGUGAGAAGACCGGAGGGAUCGGGUCCCAAGAGAAGGGUGGUCAUCAACAAUGUGCCUGUAGAGUUACGAAGUUCGGUAGGGGGUAACGAAACUGAUACAAAGACGGAAACGGGAAUUGGAACUUUCACGGGAGAGGAAAACGAAGACGUGUUUAACGAGGACGACGAACUGGACACGGAGGACGACGUGGAACUGGACAUGGACGACGUUGUGGAAGUAAGAGCCAAUAGGAAUGACCCUUCAAAGACUACCGAGACAGACCUGAACACAACUGAAACUGACUCAACGACAACUACAUUGAAGAAGAACGAAAAAGACACCUCUAGCAAACCACUUGGACUGUCUACAGAAGCACCCCAAACGGAAAGACGUGACGCCAGAGGCCUGAAACAACAGAAGGAGACAAAGACACUGGACCAGACUGGUGACUCUCGACUACUACACCUUCAACGGAAUCGGACCUUUAACGGAAAGGACUUUCAGACCAGCUCGACCUUGAGCUUAGACCGGUUUACGAGACAGACAAAGGCGCCCAAGAUCAGUAAACCUACGAAAAGGGCCGUCGAACUGAGACAGUACCAGAACGGACCUUACGAAAGGCCCCAGAAAGUGGUGGUCAACGGACCGAACGCCGACCAGUACGAGAUUGAUAACAUACGACAGACGAACAAGAAUCCCGGAUCACGACCCUCGACGACCGACUACGCGGAAUACACGACUGCCCACAAACCUUACUACAACUCGAACUACGCCCCGCACUACGUGGACUAUACCAGCACUACGCCCAUUCCACUGCCAAGCUAUGGUUACCACCAACCUCUCUCCGAGAUUACCAAUCAGGGUGUGAGGACCAAGCCACCGACCAUUAUCUAUCUGAACGACAACGACGACAGACGGACAACGACCCGGGCACCGAACAUCUUCCAGAACUUUCUGACCUUCGCCACGAACAGUUUUAAUCCUUUGGGCCACCGACGACCCAUGCCCACGACUCCAUCCCCCAUCUCCCAGAGCCACAAGGAGCGACCCCAGUUCGAGAACCAUGUUGUUCACAGUCCCAUCAGUAACUCACACAUACUGAGCGGUGGUUCUGCCUCCUUCUCACCGCGACCGGGUUCGGUGCUCUCGUAUCCGGUGGCCACCGGUACUCAGAUUGGCGCAAAUCGUUCCGGUUUUCUGCACGCCUCCAGCAGUGCGGUGAGUUCGGGUAACUUUGGCAGUAUCUCCGGAGUGGCCACUGCUAAUGGAGCAGACAGCACUUUUAGCUUUAACAUACGACCACGUCCAAUCCCGAAUGGAUCGGUUGUAAGCUCUUAUCCAAGACCUUCUUCAAAUCAGGGGGGAAUAUUAGGAGGAGGAGGGGGAUCCUACAGACCCGACUACGUACCUGCCCAGAGCGAAUUGUACUACGACAGAGAACUGAGCACUGACCAAAAUCCCAGUCCCUUCUCCGGAUCCAGUUCCGCCCUUAGACCACAACCACAGACAUUCUACGGACGGACACCCGAACUCAAGGAGGCGGGCACAACAAAACAACAACGAACUGACCCAACGGAGCACAUGUACCUACAGGACUACGACUAUGUGAGCAGGACUCUGUCCAACUUGACCACCGACGAAAGUCAUCCAACUGAAGAGGACUCGGACUACGUGUACGACGAAGACUCCAGCAAUGACCUGGACCAGACGGAGACCCGGAAAGAGACGGCCAACCGAAUUUUCACCAAAAAGUUUGACAUGGGGUACAUGCGACCACAACUGAUGCGGGACUUGACCCAGAACUCGACGGGAACCAACGUGACCUCACUGGAUGACAACUACGUAAUGCCCAUGCUAGAGAACAGGACGCAGACAGGUUACGUGACCGAGGUGCCCAAGCCCAUGCUGUCCACCUCCAGCCGGACUGUGACGAACAGCAAGGUGACUGUCUUUCCGGACAGCCUGGGGAAACAGUUGGGCAAUGAUAUCCUCGCAGACGAGACGGACGAUUACAUGGACGGGAACUCGGAGGCGCGGCUAAAGGCCCAGCGGCUGAAGCAACUGGCCAGCGUGGCUUUCGCACCCAUUACAGUACUGACGAAACCGGACAGACCGGACAACUGGGUGAUCUACAACAAGGCCAGCGAGGAACCUCUACCACAACCCCCGACAGUCAAUAUGGAUGUGGCGCCCACCGGAGAGGUGCCCACACCCAUUAAAAACUUCAACAACGCCUGGCUAAAGCAGGAUCUUAAGGUUCAGCCGGAACUGAAAGUUUCCGUAUCGAAUAUUAAUACAGAAGAUGUGCCAACCAGAUCGGAAUCCUCUAAAGAGGCGAGGACGGAAACAACUGUGGCAGCAGCGGCCAGUAACUAGAAAUGCCAAAUUAGCCCUAGAUUACCUACUUAUUUAUUUCUACUUUAAAAGCAUAAAUUAAAAUCAAACUAUUACUCAAAGUUCGCAUACUCUUUCCUUAAUUAUCUGACUAACUAACUAAUUGAAAAUACUAAUAUAUAAAAUUAAAUCAUUCUCAGUAUCACUGAUAGGAACAAUUUUAGAACACACCACUUAUUCCGAGUUAAUUAGUGUACGAAUUUUUAGAAUAAUGAAACGAACUUUCGAGUAUAACUUUUAGUUUCCGUCAU